AUGCAUUGUGUCAUGCAUUGUGAUGAGGAUCGUGAUAAGGCUAGACACUCUGAUGAGGAUGGUGAUUCGGAUGUGCUGCAUACACCUAAUGAGAGUGGUAAUGAUGAGGAACAUGAGAAGUUUCCUUCUUAUAAAAGUGGCGAGUCCUUAAAGUUUGAGCUUGGUAUGGUGUUUAGUAAGAAAGAAAUGGAGAGGGAUGCUGUAAAGGACUAUGGUAUGGAGAACAACAAAAAUGUUAUAAUAAAGAAAAAUGAGGCAAAGAGAAUGGUGAUUAAAUGUAUGGAAGGAUGCAGUUUUCACAUGAGAGUUAGUAAGAGGGUAGGGAAUCAAUAUUGGCAAGUGGUUAGUUUAAUUGAUGAACACAAUUGUGCUAUAACUCCAUAUAAUAGGCAAGCAAAGACUACAUGGUUUGCUAAGAAGUUUGGUCACAUUCUAAGACACAACCCUAACAUGAAGCCAGCAGGAUUGAUUGCCCAAUCUCUUAAAAGAUGGGGAGUGAAUUUGUCACAUGAUCAGGCUUAUAGAGCUAAAAGGAGGGCUAUGGAUAUGUUACAAGGGGAUGGUAUGGAACAAUUUAACCAUUUGAGGAGAUAUGCCCAAGAAUUAUUGAAAUCCAACCCUAAUAGUACUGUUGUGAUCAGGUGUGCUGACUCAAGUGAAGGCCCUGUCUUUGAAAGAAUCUAUGUAUGUCUAGAGGCUUGCAAGUAUGGCUUUGCAAAAUUCUGGAGGCCAUUAAUAGGGCUGGAUGCUUGUUUUUUGAAAGGUGAUUUUGGAGGACAGUUGAUGGCAGUAGUUGGGAGAGAUGGAAAUAACAAGAUUCUGCCUAUUACAUAUGCUGUUGUGGAGGCUGAGACAAAGGAAUCUUAG